AUGUCAAAAGAUAAACUGAAUAAGAAAAAAGAAGAAGAAACAUUAAAGGAGAAAAUUCAAAAUUAUUUUAAUUCAGAGAAUUUGAAUGAAUGGACAGAUUCGUUGAUUCAAACUAUUUGGCGACCUGUCUUAUCAAGUCUUGUGAUAGGCGUACCUGCAGUUUAUAUAAUAUAUAAAUUUGUAAUUGGACAUAGAUACAAGACUGCAGCACAUAUACCCCCAGAAGUCUUUGAGAGAGGAAAAAUGAUACGAGGAAAAGUUAUCUCUGUAGGCGAUAGUGAUAAUUUUAGAUUAUAUCAUACACCGGGGCUAGGCUGGGGUUGGAUAAGACAUGUACCAAAGACAAAGAAAGAACUUCAAAAUCAAACCAUUUCUAUACGUAUUGCUGGUGUUGAUGCACCUGAGGGAGCUCAUUUUGGUAUGCCGGCUCAACCUUAUUCUAGUGAAGCCAAGGCCUUUUUAACAAAGCUGGUAUUAAAUAGAAGAGUACAAGUUCAAUUAUUAAGUAGAGAUCAAUAUAAUCGAGUAGUUGCAAUGGCUUAUGUAAGACAACCUCCUUUCUUUAUAAAAAAGAAUGUUUCAAUAGAGAUGGUUAAAGCAGGCUUAGCGAGUAUUUAUGUAGCUAAAGGUGCUCAAUAUGCUGGUAUACUGGAUCAGUUACAAAAACAUGAAGCAAAUGCAAAGUAA